CUACGACGAAAUAGCAUUAUAGCUAGCAACCUUUCACAAGACAAAAUAAAAUUAUUUCAAAAUUCGAAAUAUUUUUUGGAAAAUGAUGAACGUUUCUCUCAAACUGUCACUCUUGAUUUUCAUUUUGGUCAUCACAUCUAAUAUUGGAUCAGAAGCAAGAGAGCUAACCGGAGUUGAUAAGAAACUCGAAGUUGCUACCGGAAGUUCAAAUUACGGCGGCACUGCCAGGACCUUGGUGGCCCGACCUUGCAAAAGGGAUGUUGAUUGUAACCGUCAAUGUCCCAGAAUCCAAGGAGGAGAAUGCAAUCAUCGCCAUGGCACAUGUGAUUGUUUCUAAUUGUAUUAAUCGCAUUGUAAUCUAUUUUUAUCAAUAAAAAUUUAUCUAUCAAUUUUCAGAUUUUA